AUGUCCUUGUCUCGGGUGACCCUCUCCGUGUUAAACAUUAGUUGGACUUGCACCAGACAUGAUCUUCGAACAUAUUUUGAAAAGUUUGGUAAAGUAGUUCGAGUCAAUAUUCCUAUGAAUGCCAACGGCUUCAAUCAACAGACAGCAUUUGUGAGCAUGACGGGAGAAAAAGGAUUUGCUAACAAGAUUACGACUGACUAUCGUGUGGUUGAUGGCACGGAAGU